UAUGUGUAAUAGGUUAGAAAAUUGACAAAGCAUAUUUUGUGUCAAAUUUUUUAGUACUAUUUAACGUCGUUAAGUUGAAAUGGACUAGUCGAUAGCACGAAAACUGAACUUAAACAUUGAAUGAAUAUGUCAAAAAAUAAAUUAAUUAUUCUUCGUGUUCAAUCCUCUGAAGGUACAAAACGAGUGGAGAUUGAACCAUCCGAUACGACAUGUCAAUUAUUUGAACGAGUUCAUGAUGCUUUUCAAUUAAAUAGCUAUGGUUUUUCUUUAUAUAAAGAGAAAAAUCAUAAAGAUGAGAUACAUAGUAGUAAAUCUAGAACCCUUAAAGCUGCCGGUCUCAGACAUGGGGAUAUGGUGUAUUUAGCUCCAGUCAAUGGAGCUGUACUUUUUGCUUCUACAUCUGAUGGAACACACACAAAUAAUACACCAUCCGGUGAACCAAUUCUGGCUGAUGCAGUAGCCUCUACUAGCCAACAAAGACCAAGUUCAGCGGUUACAUCAACAAUUAAAGAGGAUGAAGUAGAUGUUCAAUUGUGGAAGCUUGAUGGCAAAAUUCAACGAUCACGUGACGAUAAAUUAUGUCGACACAACUCAAAUGGAUGCUGUGUCCAUUGUUCACCAUUAGAACCAUACGAUGAAGAAUAUCUAAAACAAAAAGAUGUGAAACAUUUAUCAUUUCAUGCAUUCUUACGUAAAUCAAUGUCUGGUGCAUCUGGUGGCAAGUUUGUAUCAGGUGCAUUAACUGAAGCACAAUGUCGUAUUAAACCCGGUUGUAAAGAUCAUCCACCGUGGCCUAAGGCCAUAUGUUCAAAGUGUCAACCAUCCGCACUAACACUAAAUCGUCAAGUGUAUCGUCAUGUGGAUAAUGUGAUGUUUGAGAAUGCAGCACUGGUUGAACAAUUUUUAAAUUAUUGGCGUGUUACUGGCCAUCAGAGGAUUGGUAUUUUAUAUGGAAAUUAUGAAAUUCAUGCUGAUGUUCCGUUAGGUAUUCGGGCACGAGUUGCUGCAAUAUAUGAGCCACCACAAGAGAGUACACGUGACUCAAUUGUAUUGUUACCAGAUGAACGUGAACAAAUUGUUGAUCAAAUUGCUGAAGAAUUGGGUUUACGUAAAGUUGGUUGGAUAUUUACUGAUUUAAUUGCUGAAGAUAUACAAAAGGGUACAGUGAAAUGUGUACGUGGCGCUGAAAGUCAUUUUCUAUCUGCACAAGAAUGUAUUAUGGCUGCAUAUUAUCAAAAUCAAAAUCCAAAUCCAUGUCGUUAUGCAUCAAAUGGUUAUUUUGGCUCCAAGUUUGUUACUGUUUGUGUUACUGGUGAUAAAACAAAUCAAGUGCAUAUGGAAGGUUAUGCAGUUUCUACACAGUGUAUGGCAUUGGUUCGUGAUGAUUGCUUACUGCCAACUAAAGAUGCACCCGAAUUGGGAUUCAUACGAGAAUCAUCUGAUAAGCAGUAUGUACCAGAUGUUUAUUAUAAGGAAAAAGAUUCAUAUGGUAAUGAAGUAUCAAGAUUAGCACGUCCACUGCCUGUGGAAUAUCUACUUGUUGAUGUUCCAGCAUCUACACCACUAACACCUCAACAUACAUUUAAUGCUGAUUCAGAGAAACAAUCAUUUCCUAUUGAAAAUCGUAUGGUUGAUGGACAUAUCCAAGAUUUUAAUGCACUAUCUACUUAUUUAUCUCAAUUUUCUCCAGAUCAAUUUUUACAGGCAAUGUCCGAUUUCCAUUUAUUGUUAUACAUAGCAACUAUGGAUAUGCUUCCUAUGCGUGACUCAAUGGGAUCUUUGUUAACAGCUGUCAAAGAACGUGAUGCAGAUAAAGCACGUGAAUGGGCGCAUUCUGAUCAUUGGGCUACUGUUGAACAGUUAAUUGCAGCCACGAAUACAUCACCAAUUAAUUCAAGGCCUGCAAGUGUGGCAACAGGUGGUUUAUCAGCAUUUGCUGCUGGUUUAGCUGGAGCCGCAGCCAAUGCAGCUUUAGCAGCAGGUGUCCAAUCAACAGGUGGAGCUAGCGGUAGCGGUGGUGCAUUAUGGACUUGCCCACAUUGUACUUUUAUUAAUCAACCAGAUCUUAAUACUUGCGAUAUGUGCUCAUUACCACGAUAAACAUAACACAGCUUAAAAAAACAACAAUGGCGGUCACAAUAAAUGUGAAAAAUUCAUCUAUCACUUUAAAUGAUAAAAACAAAGUUGAUUUUACUUCAUUUUGAUACGAAGUGUGUGCAAAAAUUUGAAAUCGAUUUAUGAACAAAAAAAUUUAUUUAUUUACGUGCUAAUAUAGCUUGCAGAUUCCAAGUUUUUAAUUAAAUUAAAUGAUGAAUUCUUUUUAGUCAGAUU